AUGAACGAAUUCAACGAUGACGACUUUGAUGACUUGAACGACACCACUCUCCAGGAGCUUGAAAACAACGCCAUUCAAUUCACGCAAGCACAAAGAAAACAGGACUCCCAGUCUCAAACUCUACCUCCGCCCCAUGACCUCUCCCAAGUCGAGAACUACGAUGACCUAGAGUUCGAAGAUGACGACCUCGACGAUGCUGAAGUCACCAACGAACUUCUACCUCCCGUUACUCGCCCCGCCAUAGACAAGACCAUCUCCCAACAACAACCACUUGCAGCCAGGCACCCUUCUCUACCACCUCAACAGAGAUGGAAUCCUCCACCAACCCAUGCAAAUCCUCCGACGCUCUCCUCGCGGCCGCGAUACCCUCCCCCCGUGCCAUCCUACGGCGCUCCUGUAGCCUCACAGCGAUUUCAGCCUGCCCACUCUGCAGCUCCGUAUCGACCUCCACCGAGCCAAUUCGUCCGACCAGCUCCUCCUUCGUCCGCUCGCUUCAAUCCCUCACAAUCCCUGUCGCAGUUGCACGCGGCACCUGGUAACGAUGUCAUUGCAGCACUGCAGCAACGGCUCAGGGCCCUCGAGUCUGAGCUGAACUCUGCACGCGGCGAGGCCUCCAUCAUACGAACAAACUCAACCAAGGCCGAACAGGAUCACGCAGCCGAGGUUUCCCGCCUCAAGAAGCAGAAUGCCGAACAAGCUGCCAGGCAAGAGAGGGCCGUGGAAGCCGCCAUUGCUGCUGAAAGGCAGGCCACUACAGAGUUGCAAUUCCUCCAAAGGGACAUGAAGGAUGCUUCAACCCGUCCUCGCCGAAGAGAAAAUGCGCCAGUGUCCGCCGCGCCAGGAACCACUACACCUAAGAAGGCUGCCAAAACCUGGGGCGUUGCGGAUGGAUUCGACGAUAUGGACAUCGCUUUAAGUCCGACCAAGAACAGAGGCAAAACCCGGGACCCCGGGCCUGUUGCUAUCCCAUUAUCGGAGAGGACGCCCACCAAAGGCAAACGGAAACGGCCCCCAGUCAAUAGUCCCGUCAUGGCUUUGGAGACAGACGCCCAAGACGUAAUCAUGGUUGAUGACACAGGGACUACCGCCAAUCCAGUCCAAUAUCCAGGCCCUGCACCUACUACUAUCCCUUUCGAAUUUCUCCAAGUCAUACUAGAUCAUGGCUCCUUGCAUGGGGAACCACCGACUUUUGACAUAUUGUCACGAUACUCAUACCCGUCCGAUCCGACCACGUCUUUUGCAUCUUUCAUUUUCCAGCAUUUGCCUCUGAUGGGCACUCCGCUGAAUCCGGUCCAACUUCUGGUAGACUUCGCCCGUCUUAUUAUCCAGAUGUGGAGCCAGUGUUUGAGAGAGAAUUUCUUGCGGCCAGUUUGGGACCUAGCCUCACUCCUCUCCUUUACUCUGCAGCUCCAGACCAUAUCAGUGGUCCCGCAGAUCGUCAAUGACUUGGUUCCUACUUUGCAACAGUCUAUUUAUUUAGUCGCAGAAGCUCGAUUCAAGAGCCAGGACGGCGAUGUCUCAGCAGGGGCUGCCGCAGAAGCCCUACAGCAGCACGUCGAUACUACGUACAUCCUGUCUCUGCUGAACGCGUCUGCCGCAGCCUGCGCUACGACAACUUUCGAAGCAGACGGCGGUGCGCAGACGAGACAAGCCGAAUUUUGGCAGCUGAUCACUCUUGAUCUGGUUCUCAUCCUUCUCACCCCCAAACAACAGCUGGACGACAUCAUUGGCAUGCUUGAUAUGCUAUGCACUUCUACCCUCCCAGAUUCCCUUGGCCCCAUCAUCCCAGGCAAAGACGCCGGCCUAGCUGCUAGAAUGAUCAUCGACAAGGUUUCUCUCAACCUAGUCGACUUACCUAGAGCAGUUUCGUCUAUAAGCCAGAAGCACGCAGUCAGAUUCGCAGUCUUACGAACACUCAUGGCCUUUGCCCGUACCCCGUAUGGAGCACGACAGGUCGCGAGCCACGUCAGUGUCAUACCCCGGUUAGUCACAGCUCUGGGCGAGCUUGUUGAUGUUUUGUACGACCUUUCGGACCCCGUAGUGGAUGACUCGAGUAGCGGUUUCUCCCCUUCACGCAAGAACUUGGCCGUGGGUACUACCCCGGACGAUCGCCGCGAUGCUGUAGACGACUGGGAUGACGGCCGCAGUGGCGUCUCCCUAUUGAUAUCUCAGAUUAUUCUGCUUCUCCAUACCAUGGUAACAGAUCCGCAGACGGCCAAUGUCGCAAACAUUCUCUCGAAGCUCUCCAUGUCUCACGGCGGCUCUCAACGGUACAUCCUUUCAUUGUCACGGCUUAACUUUGCGGAAGAGGAUCUGGUCUAUGAGGGCGCGAUUGACGCGGAUACUGUUGAUCGAGCUCAUGAGUUAUUAGAAAUUGCCGUGACCCCUGACGAGGGCGACAGUAUCGCCGUUUCGUUUGGGGUCUGA